CGACAAAAAAGACACAGACUACAAUUUGACAAUUUGAAUCUGACUGCAAAGGGCUUCAUAAUGUCGGCCGUGGUCGAAGCUCCAAGUCAAUUCAAGCAGCCUUCCCGUAAGGGCAAGAAGGCCUGGAGAAAAAAUGUCGACGUUACGGAGGUCCAGGAAGGCCUUCGUCUUCUGAAAGAUGAAGAAAUCAAAGGUGGUGUCCUAGCAGAAAAGCCUUCAGAAGAAUUGUUCGUCAUCGAUAAGAAGGGCUCCGCCGAGAUCAGAGAUGCAUACUUCAAACAGCACAAGCCUCUGAAGGCCGAUGAGAUUCUAGCCCAGCGUUCUGCAAUUCCUGCAGUGGAUACCCGCAAACGUUUGAACUCAAAAGUCACAGACGGUGUGAUCGAACCGAAAUCCAAGAGGCACAAGAGCGACUGGGUCACCCGCAAGGAAUGGCUGCGCUUGAAGCAGGUGGCCAAGGAAGCGAAUCCGACUCAGAAGGCGGAAGGAAGCGAACUUUACGACCCUUGGGCAGAUGCUGAAGACCCAACACCUGUUGAAGAUCCUCAGUUUGAUUACCUCGAGAAGCCCAAGCCCAAAGCUGCACCUCCCACGAUCAAGCAACCUCCGAUUUCACUUGCCGCGAAUGGAAAGCCAAUCCCGUCUGUUCGUACACCAGAUGCUGGCAUCAGUUACAACCCGUCAUUUGAGGAUUGGGAUCGUCUUCUCCAAGAAAAGGGGCAAGAAGCCGUAGAGGCUGAGAAGAAGCGCUUGGAAGAAGAGCGAAAGGAGCAAGAGAGGCAACGCCUUAUUGCCGAGGCACAAAAUGAUGACGGCGAAGUCAAAUCUGAUGAUGAGAGUGCCUGGGAGGGAUUCGAAAGUGAAUAUGAGAAACCAGAGUGGCUGAACAAGAAACGUCCGGCGCGGAAGACGAAGGCAGAGAGAAAUAAAAUCAAGAGGCGCAAGGAGGCCGAGAGGAAAGCUAGAUGGGAAGCCAAGAUGAAAGAGAAGGAAGAGCAACUUGAGCAAGCCAAGGCUAUCGCGGAACAGGUGCAGCAGAGACAACUCGAACGCAGCCAGGAGUCUGGGGAUGAUUCUUCGGAAGAAGGAGAUGAUGUCGCCUUGAGGCGUAAGCCAUUGGGCAAAGCCCGUGUGCCCGAGAAACCUUUGGAGGUUGUACUCCCAGACGAACUUCAAGACUCAUUACGUCUACUGAAGCCGGAAGGAAAUCUGCUAGAUGACCGCUUCCGCACGUUAAUAGUGCAAGGAAAGCUGGAAUCUCGCAAACCGGUGACACAGGCCAAGAAGGCGAAGAGAAAGCUGACGGAGAAGUGGACAUACAAGGAUUUCAAGGAAACGCUGAAAAAACAAAGCGCUUCCUCGGCCUCGAAGAAACGCAAGACAUCAGACCGCGAGACUCAAAAUGUUACGACCAAGAAGCAGAGAACAGAGACAAUAGAGCGCAAAAAGGCUUCAUUAAAGAAGAGAAGAAUGUCCGAGGGACAAGAGCAUGGAGGGGACAAGAGCGCACAGGAAUCUGUGGUGAAAACUAUUUCCCGCAAAAGCUCUACGGCUACGGUCUCCGAGCAAUCGCGGACUGAGUCCAAGCCAGCAAAAAUUAACGAGGGCCGUUCACCUACCGCAGAAAUAGGUAAAUAUGUCGCUAUGGACUGCGAAAUGGUGGGAGUCGGUCCCAACCCCGAUAACGAUUCUGCCCUCGCGCGUGUCAGUAUUGUCAACUUCAACGGCGAACAAGUUUAUGAUUCGUACGUCAGGCCCAAAGAGAUGGUUACAGAUUGGCGGACACAUGUGAGCGGCAUUUCUCCCAAGCACAUGGCGGAGGCUCGAUCUCUCGAACAAGUCCAGAAGGACGUCGCAGAGAUUCUUGACGGACGCAUACUCGUUGGGCAUGCUGUGAGCAAUGAUUUGGAUGCUCUUCUUCUGGGCCAUCCGAAGCGCGACAUCAGAGACACAAGCAAGCAUCCUCCUUACCGAAAGAUCGCAGGCGGCGGCUCUCCACGCCUGAAAAUGCUGGCGUCGGAGUUUCUAGGCUUGAAUAUCCAGGACGGCGCGCACUCUAGUGUCGAAGAUGCGAAGGCUACAAUGCUCCUGUAUAGACGAGAUAAAGAGGCCUUCGAGCGGGAACAUUUGAAGAAAUGGCCAAUUCGCGUCGUCAUCGACAAAAAGGAGAAUGGCGAGGACCAGAAGAAGAAAAAGAAGAAGAAGAAGAAGCCUCGUAAGAGGUAG